AUGGCGGAGAGUGGUGGCCGGAGGAUCGGAGUGGCGGUGGAUUUCUCGGAGUGCAGCAAGAAGGCUCUGAACUGGGCGAUCGACAACGUCGUUCGCGAGGGCGAUUAUCUAAUCCUCAUCACCGUCGCUCACGAGAUGAACUACGAGGAAGGCGAGAUGCAGCUCUGGGAGACCGUUGGAUCGCGUACGCUUUGA